AUGUCGCACGGUCAUAGUCAUGACGGAGCUCCAUGUGGAGGACAUCACGAUGACGAUGGUGCUGGAGGUAGUAGACCAUCUGUGCAUGAUUUCCAAGCGUUGAUGGAACAAUUGCGCGCUGCUGGUGUUGAUGUUUCAACUCUUCAAAACGUUACGAGUGCUCCGCGCGAUGUCGAAGAAGCUCGUUCGAAGAAAUACCAAUUUUGGAGCACGCAACCGGUGCCAAGCAUCGAUGAGCUCGUUCCGGAAGACGUGAAUACCGCGAUUGAGCCGGACAUCCCGAAAGAUAAGGUUCGACAGGAGCCGUAUUCGCUUCCACAAGGUUUCAAGUGGACCAAUGUGGACUUGAAUGAUGAAAAACAACUUCACGAGCUUUAUACUCUCCUCACUGAGAACUAUGUCGAGGAUGAUGAUGCGAUGUUCCGUUUUGAUUAUUCGGCCGACUUCCUCAAAUGGGCUCUUCAAGUCCCUGGAUUUUUGCCGCAAUGGCAUUGCGGUGUUCGUGGUGAUUCCAGCGGGCGUCUUCUUGCUUUCAUCGGAGCGAUUCCGCAAAAAAUUCGGGUUUAUGAGAAAACCGUUCAAAUGGUAGAAAUCAAUUUCCUUUGUGUUCACAAGAAAUUGAGAUCAAAGCGUGUCACUCCUGUUCUCAUCCGAGAAAUUACUCGUCGGGUCAAUCAGCAGGGCAUCUUCCAAGCUGCCUUCACUGCUGGAAUCGUCAUCCCAAAACCGGUAGCAAUUUGCCGCUACUACCAUCGUUCGCUCAAUCCAAAGAAGUUGAUUGAAGUUCGUUUCUCGCAUUUGUCCAACAAAAUGACGAUGGCGCGAACGAUCAAGCUUUACAAGUUGCCUGACGAGCCGAUGACGCCGGGACUCCGAAAAAUGGUCGAAAGCGAUGUUCCAAUUGUUUGCAAGAUUCUUGCAAAAAGUUUGGAACAAUUUUCAUUGGCACCGAUUUUUGAUACCAACGAGGAGGUUAGCCACAUGCUUCUCCCACGCGAUGGAGUCGUUUAUACUUAUGUCGUCCAGUCGAAAAAUGGAAAAAUCACUGAUAUGGUCUCAUUCUAUUCUUUGCCAUCAACUGUUAUGGGUCAUGCGAAUCAUAGCAAGAUCAAUGCUGCUUAUUUGUACUACUAUGUCAACGAAACUGUGCCACUUAAGCAGCUCAUAAAUGAUGCUCUCAUCAUGGCGAACAAGGAAAAGUUCGAUGUUUUCAACGCGUUAGACCUCAUGCAUAAUGAGGAAGUUUUCAAAGAUCUCAAAUUCGGUAUUGGCGAUGGAAACUUGCAAUAUUAUCUUUACAAUUGGAAAUGUGCUGACAUGAAGCCGAAACAAAUUGGACUUGUUCUUCAAUAA